UUACACAUUCUGCUCUCAGUCCGUGUGCGGGUGAAACAACCUGCAGAUACAGCAGCAGCGCAGGGAGUCGGUGCGCUUCUCAGGUUUUGGAGACAAACGACGCUGAGCAUCACUCCAGGAGCACAUAUCUCAUAUCUGGAUAGUUUUAUUUACAAUAUAUAUAUAUUUUUUUCAUUAUUUUUAUUAUUGCAUGAUUGUUGGUUUUACGCAUCGGGUGCACCUGUGGAUUCACCGCUGAUAUUUGGACUGAAACCUGCAACAACAACAACUAAAAACCGAUUUCUUUCAACUCUCAUUUGAUAUUCCUUUACGCUCAAACGGCUCCAGUUGUUAUUUAUUUAUUUUUUAUUAGAGGAGUAGCGCACAAUGCUGUUGGGAGUCUUCCUUCUGGCGGUCCCUUUACUGAGCAUCCCCGGAUGCGAGGCGUCUUUCGUGCCGUGUGAGCCGUGCGACCAGAAGGCCCUGUCCAUGUGUCCCCCGGUGCCUAUGGGCUGCCAGCUGGUGAAGGAGCCCGGCUGCGGCUGCUGCCUGACGUGCGCGCUGGAGGAGGGCCAGACCUGCGGGGUGUACACGGGGCCGUGCAUGCGUGGCCUCCGCUGUCUGCCCAAGAGCGGGGAGGAGAAGCCGCUCCACGCGCUCCUGCACGGCCGGGGGGUGUGCGCCAACGAGAAGCUGCACAAGCUGCAGCAUCCACCUAAAGAGCCAGUAGAAACCAAAGUGCCCCUAUAUGGAGAUCACAUCAACAGACAGAAGUCGUACGCAGUGAACAGAGCCAAGGAACACAAGAGGUAUAAAUCGAAGCAGGGGUCUACCAACAACAGAGAACCAUCCCAACCUAGCCAGGAUAAAGUGGAGCUGGAAUUUGGGCCUUGCAAAAGAAAACUUGAUACUCUCAUUCAUGGUAUGAAGGACUCUCGGGUCUUGACUCUUUCUUUGUAUGUACCCAACUGUGACAAAAAGGGAUUCUUUAAGCGCAAGCAGUGUAAGCCCUCUCGUGGACGGAAACGGGGUAUUUGCUGGUGCGUGGACCGCCUUGGCCAUAAAAUCCCAGGUAUCACCUCUCCCCGUGGUGAACUGCAGUGCAAAGACCUGGACAGCAUCAACAAUAGCAACGAGUGAAAGUGAAGCGCCUGCAGAGCCCAUUUUCUUCUUCUUAAAUCCUGCCAAACAAGCUAGCAUACUUAAUGACUGAAACUCAAGAGAACAUGGCACAAACACUUUUUCUUGUUAAUUGUGAUGGACUGCUGUUAAGGAAAAGCAAACUUUAUACCCUAUAUCAAAGAGAAAUAUAUAUAUAUAUAUACAUAGUUUAUCUUUUUUUUUAUAGUCUGUUGAUUUUAUUUUAUUUUUUCAGUUAUGAAAACAAGACAACUCGUAAUUCAACUGUGGCUAACUAUCAUUAUUUUGCAGUUAUUUUCUUAUGCUCUUCAAAGGUUAUUAUGGGCCCCUGAACUAGAAGACAUUUUAUUCAGUCAUGUCAGGUUUAGAGACCUUUACAUGUGCCGUUAAGAGAGGUGGGGGAGGGGGCAUAAAUUAUAUUUUCCAACUAAUACAAAACAAAACAAAAGAAGCACAUGCAAACAGAGAUUAUACAGAUGGUACAUCAGAAAAGAUUUAAACCUCUUUUUGAGAAAAAUGUUACACAUAAUCUCAAUAUUCUUGAUAAAUUAAAACAUUUUUAUGAUUUUAUUCUUUUUUUUGUUUUACCUAAUUCAAGACAUAAACUAAAGAACAAAUAUACUCAGUGAAAAGCUCUAUACUUUUUAGUUUGAUAGAUUUCUAGAGUUUAGGUCAAAUUUGCUUCAUUUUGUAUCGUAAUAACAUAUACAUGAACUCUGUAGAGCAGACACCAUUAGCUUACAACAAUUUCAUCCUGUCAGACAUUUCCGUUAAGCUAGUUACUGUGAUUGUUGAAGAUUUUGCCAUUUUAAUAUGAUAAGUUUUAAGGACCUAAGUGUAAUAUUUGAAUAGUUGUACCUCUGUCUUAUUUUUCCUUUCAAACUUUCAAAGCAGAAUCUCAACUAGCAACCACUUUACUUAGCCUGGCAUAAAAAAAGCUAAUAAAAACCAACUCUGCCUUACUCAUUAACAAGCGGCCCUUUGUGAAUUAAAUACUGUUUAAUUAAUACAACAAAAUAUUUAUUUGACCUCCUGUAAAUAUUUUAAUAUUCUGUAUUACCCAAGGGACCAAGCUAUGUUUAGCUAAUCUUGACAUUAAGCGAGCUUAAUGUCAUCAAGAGCACUAGCAUCGGUUUUUCACUUAAUGUUCAUCAUUUAAUCUUAGAGGAUUAAAACAAAGAUUUAUGUCGACCUUAUUUCAUAAUAGUUUGAAUUUGUGGGGGGGUGAUACAUACGUUUGAUUUGAUUUAUAUAAAUAGCGCAGCACUUAGCGUUAGCUGCUAAUGGAGCUAAAUGGAAGUUUGGGAGUCUUUGCUUAAAGAUUUUAAAAAGAAAAUAAAAAAGUUUUUUGUUGCCAGUUUAAACACUGCAAAAACAAAAAUCUAUGCAAGGCAUCAAUGUUUUAUUUUCCAUUUUAUUAAGAAUGUAAGUGAGAAAACAUACUAUUUUAUUUCAAGUGCAUGAUAUCUUCAAUUUAGAAAUGCUCAAUUCAUCAGCAGAUCAUCUCUUAUGUGCUCAAAUGAAGUUAAAAUGCACCUAUUUUAAUAAAUCUCUAUUUCUAGAUCAGUGUUUGCAGUGAAGGCUUUGGUAUGUUAAAAUUUAUCAAAAAUUUAAUACGUUCAAAUUCCAAUAUAGUUUUCACAGAUACCAGGAGGGAUUCCAAUACUAAGGCUACAGGCAGUCAUCAUCUGGAUGUCUUUAAUUAGUCUUUCUAUAGACCUGAUUUAUAAUUAACAUAUUUUCAAAGCAAGAUUUUAGUAGAAGCAGCCUGCUCUUUAUUAAUGUAUCUAUAAACAAAUGACUAAAACAUAUCAUAUAAUCUAAUUUUUUGGGGAAAAACACACUAAGCACAAAAAACAGUAGCUUUGUUUAGUCCAUUUGAUGAAUACAUUGAAUACACUGUUUUUAUGUGCAAUGUUCUGGGUAUAUUAUUAAUGUCCGAUGUAAAUAUCAAUCUUUUUGUUUGACCUAUAACUAAAUAAAGGAAGGAUUAGCAGUAAACCUGCAAAGAAAUUAACAUCAUUAUAUUAGAUGUUAUUAAAAAAAGGGAAUUGUAUGGGUUAAUGCACUUAAUAAGAGAAACUAAUGAAUGCAAAUAGACAGAAUGGAGAUUAUUUGACAAUAUGUCUCAACAAUAUCAUGAGGAGAAAGAGUGGAUUUAAUUUUAUUAUGUCGUAGGACUGCGUUAAUGCUAAGUUAGUUAAAGGACGGAUUAUUACCCGAAUGGUCACUACUUUCAUCCCCAGGCUUGUUAUCAUGGACGGUUCUAGAUUGGGCCAACAGGGGCCAUUGCCCAGUAUUAAAAGCAUAAUACUAAAAUAAAUUUAUGAAAACUAAAUGAUGAUAUGCACUGGUACAGAAACUGUCAUGGGGACCAUUUUUAUUUUGACAAUGUUCUAAAAUUGGGUGUGUUGCGCUUGGCUUUUUUUAAAAGUGAAAUAUAAUUACAGUUUCCAUCUGCUAUAUCGGGGAUUUCAGAGCUAAAAAGGGCUCAAUGGUUCACUCAAUAUUCCAAAAAAUUAAUACCCUUUUUUAUUCUUUCAUUUUGUUUUGAGCUACCAAGAAAAAAGAAAAAUAGCGCCAACAGUAAAUUUUGUCUGCUAGUCAUCAUGUUAUUUUUCUCGACAGUGUUGGCUUAAAACAACAUGUAGACUACUUCCUAACCUUCCCUUUCAGACAAGUUAGGCCUCGAUUUUAGGCUUUGGAUAAUUUUUUGCCACCAACCAUGUGUAGAUCUUUUGGAGAUAAGCGAAACGGACAAAACCUCAGUCAUAAAAAGCUCUUUUGUACUGUUAAACAUAGAAUUCCUUCCAUUUCAAGUUCUCAGAACUGUGUUUGCUGUUUCUAAAUGUAUGUAUUGAAUGUUUGCAUGCCCAUCAGUGUGUUUGUGUGUCUUUCUCAUCUUAAAAAAAAAAAUUGACAAAAAAAAGGUUGCUCACACAUUGUACAUUUCCCAUCGGAACUCGCACACAAAUUGUAUGCAAAGGCCCCGUCUUUCCAUGUGGGGGUCUUUUAAUGCCACAGCACAUGCAAAUCGGCUCGCCGACACCAACUUGCUCGCAGGGUUCACCAGGUCCUUUAUCCCAUAGAGGGAAAGGUCACAGAGUUUUUACGUAAAUGAAGUGCCUUCAGCCCCAGACUGCUUUGAAUCUAGAUUUGCAUGCAGGCCAUUUGUGUUGUUGAAUGAGACAGGCCUGAGCAAAAGAUAAAAAGGAAAUCAGUUUAAGGUGUGGAUGUGAUUUGCUCUCAAUUAUGAUCUUCUGGUCAAGUGCUGCUAAAUAUGUAAUGACAGAAAUAAUGUGUUUUGUGUGUCCAGUUGUCAUAACCCGACUUGUUUUUACUGUUAAAACCUUAAUGUUUAAUAUAGUUUUAACUUUGUAGACAAUGCCUCCACUGACAAUGGCACCAGCCUAUUCUUCCUGAUAAAAUUUCUUCACCUUUGUAGACAUUUCAAGCUCUUGUGAACCCGGAACAGUAACUUCAAGAACACCACAGAAACUAAAGUUUAAUGUGAAUUUUCUAAUGGAAUAUUAAUCACACCUGCAAUUGAUAUACUGUUUUUUACAGGUUUAAUUACUAUUUAAAUAAACAUGUACACUCCCAAAAAAAA